GGUGUCGGUUUUGGUGUGAUAUUACGAGUUUGUUGGUGAAGUUGUAUCUUUUUGGAGCUGUUGCUGAGUCAGGCAGGAUAAUUGGGGAGUUGAUUAUGGCAAAAUCUGUGCAGGAAAGCAAGUCGAGGGCUGUUUAUAGUAUAGAUCAGAUAUUGGGAUUUAAUACGUCUUCUAGUAGUGAGGACUCCAAACUAGACAGGAGUAACGGCUCCAAUGACGUUUUAGACGAUUUGGACGACCAUCGACCCAGGAAAGUACGGCGUUCCAGAACGACCUUUACAACGUACCAGCUACAUAUUUUAGAAUCGGCUUUCGAGAAGACGCAGUAUCCGGAUGUGUUCACCAGGGAGGAGUUGGCCAUGAGAUUGGAUCUGACAGAAGCCAGAGUACAGGUGUGGUUCCAAAACCGUCGAGCCAAAUGGCGUAAGCGCGAAAAGUCCCUCGGCCGCGACGUCAGCGCCCUCAUCCAACCCGGCGACCAGCAAACGGUGGCCGACUGUCAAAUGCACGUCAUCCCCACCAUAGGCGACUCGUUCUGGCCGCGGCUUCAGCUGCCCUCCAUCUACGCCAAUGGACCCAUCACGUUUCCGUGGGCCUCCAACCCCAUCGCCGUGCCCAACAUUCAGGCCUAUUUGAUGACGCGGUUUGCAUUGGCGGAGAGCGUGGGGAAGCUGGAAGGGGUAGGGGAGGAGAAAUUGGGGAGUAUCAGUCCCCAGCCCCCACCAUAAGAUUAGGAGAAUGUGCGAUGUUGGAAACGUUUUUGUAGUGAUGUUCUUUUGGUUGUUUUUGUAUGCGUAAUGUAGAUA